AUGGGGUUGAAACUAACAAAGCAGGGACCACCCAAAAUCAAUAGUCCAGCAAGUUUGGAAAUACAGCAUCGCAUGAUCCAUUACCUUACCAAGAAUUUCAUUCGAAACUUGGUAUCUAAGCAAAGAAGAAGAAUUCUUAUUGCUGGCUAUGAUCUUGACAUGUCAUAUAUCACAGAUAGACUUUUGGCAAUGUCAUUUCCGGCUGAACGUAUGAGAGCAGUGUACAGAAAUCCUCUCUGGCAGGUUAAAUCUGUCUUGGACAUGAGACAUCAAGAACAUUAUAAGGUCUAUAAUCUGUGUAUAGAAGAACGUUAUGAUCCGGAACACUUCUACGGUCGCGUGGAAGCAUACCCUUUUGAUGACAAUCAUGUGCCACCUCUUCAAAUGGUUAAAGAUUUCUGCGAAAGUGUAGAUUCAUGGCUGUCAGAAGACCCAAGAAAUAUUGCUGUUAUUCAUUGCAUGGCAGGUAAAGGUAGAACUGGUUUGAUGGUAUCGGCAUACCUAGCUUAUUGCGGCAUGUCAGCAGAUGAAGCUCUUCAAUUAUAUGCAGAUAGAAGAACAACAAAUAAUGAAGGAGUAUCAAUACCGAGCCAACGUCGUUAUGUAGGGUACUGGGAAAGUCUGCUUUCUGUCCCUAGAGGAAUUGGAUACGGAUCUCCAAGUGUGAAUUUGCCUCAACCAUGUAGCAGAGAAUUACGGCGAAUCCGAUUGUAUGAUACUGCAAACAUCGACACAGUUUUCUUUGUUAUAUCAGAACUGCAGGAGAUUCCUAACCAGGUCUACCGUCCAGCCAUCGAGAUUUGUAGGAGCUGCUGUAGAGCGAUUAAGAAAGGCUAUCAACGAACAAACAGUCCGCGAUAUUAUAUUUCUAUUCCCGAAGGUGAUGAAGAUGGAAAACAAUCGGAAAUAGAAGAACCUCGUGUUGUAGUUCAAAUGGAUACAGAAACUCCUGCAAUAUACCAGAAAUCUUGUUUGGACCAUUAUUUUGAUAAACCUAUACAGGUAACAGGUGAUGUUCGAGUGAUAUUCUAUGAGAAAAUGAUCGGAGGCCGUCUUUUCUACUGCUGCUUUAAUACAGCUUUUAUUAGGAACAGCUUACUACAGCUCACAGUAAAGGAUUUGGACAAAGUUGGGAAGAAAGGAAGAUCGAUCUGUGGACCUACCUUCUGCGUAGAGUUAUUGUUUGGACCUGCGAACACAGGAUAUACGUCUUCAAGUAUAUCCGUUGGCGAAAAUUUCAGCGAUGAUUCAUUAUAA